AUGUCGUGGAAGUCAGACGGUCCUCCAUCUAGUCACGGUUCUUAUUCCCCGUCAUCUGGACAGCACAGCUCGGGCUCAAAUGGACGGAAUAGUAAUGCCCGCCUCGGUCAUUCGUCAUUUGUUCCACUUCCAGCACAUUUACAGGUAAAAUCAAAAUUUGACUCGGAAUGGCGACGAUUUUCAAUUCAAUUUCAUGAUAACAAACCUCCUUGUUAUGCAGAUUUCCGUGCUUUAGUCGAGGGUCUUCAUUCUUUACACAAUAUACCAUUUACUUUAUGUUAUACAAGCCAUUCUGGAGAUCUCUUGCCAAUUACUAACGAUGAUAAUUUUCGAAAAUCAUUUGAAUCCGCCCGUCCGACGCUGCGGUUGUUAAUACAGCGGAAAGGCGAAUCUUGGGAGGAAAAGUAUGGUUAUGGAACAGACACCAUGGAUCGACGACGUAAAGGCUUAUCGCUGCUUUUACCAACAGUUUCUAGGCCUCCCAAAAGAACAUACAAUAUUUCGAAUCCAGAAGAUUUUCGGCAAGUAUCUGCUAUAAUAGAUGUUGACAUUGUGCCAGAAGCUCAUCGCCGUGUAAGACUUUGCAAACAUGGUAGUGACCGUCCUUUAGGUUUUUACAUUAGAGACGGAACAUCCGUUCGAGUAACACCACAAGGUGUAAUGAAAAUUCAAGGUAUAUUUAUAAGUCGUCUUGUUGAAGGUGGUUUAGCUGAAUCAACUGGCUUAUUAGCUGUAAAUGAUGAAGUGCUUGAAGUAAACGGCAUCGAGGUACAAGGUAAAACUUUGGAUCAAGUAACAGAUAUGAUGGUGGCGAAUGCUCAAAACUUGAUAAUCACUGUGAAGCCUGCAAACCAACGAAACACACUUCAGCGUAGUGCACAUUCACGUAUUUCAGAUUGGAGUGGAACUUAUGAUGAUACUUUAAUGGCCCAAAGACAAGAUAAUGACACUGAUGUAUACGGUACCAAUGGUGCUUUAUCAACCAGCCGUCAAAAUGGCAAUCCAUUAAGCGAUGAAGAUUCUGAUGAUGAUAUUGUAGUCGACCAUACAAAAGAAAGCAUUUCUAAUCUGGUACCAGAAAGCCACCAUCAUAGUAUGAUGUCUUGUACCGAUACUCCAAAUUCUAUUGUUUGGUCGUGA